AUGGCAGGAGCAAAGCGAUCCGUAGAUUUAAGUAGUGCAGACAUUCAACAAGCAUGGCAAGAUGUUAGAAAUGAUGGUGCAGAUACGAAUUGGAUUUUAUUGACGUAUGCUGAUAAUGGUGACGUGGUACUUAGUGGCAAAGGUACAGGUGGUUUGACGGAAAUGAAAGAACAGAUGAACAGCAAUCAAGUUUAUUUUGGCGUAGUACGUGUCCGAGCUGUUGACGAUCAUGGAAGUAAACGUGCAAAAUUUGUUUUUAUUACAUAUGUUGGUGCAGGUGUCCCUGCCAUACGCCGUGCUCGUGUGUCAACGCAUAAACCUGAAUUCGAAAGAUUGUUCAAUGGUUAUCACAUCCAAGUCUAUGCGAAUUCUGAAGACGAUCUGUCAGAAGAUGCAAUCACAUCAUCAUUACAGGCAUGCGCUGGUGCACAUAAACCACAAGCCUAUGAAUUCUCCUAA